UCUCGCGAGAGAUUUGAUAUCGCUGGCGUUCUGUACCUCAUCGUACAUGGCGGACCACAGCGCUGGAGAUGAGGAGAUAGCUGUGGAACGGCAGCUGGAGCUGCAUUUGGAAGAGCAAAGGGAAUCUUUGUUUACAGUCAAAGAGGCUCUUGCUUCUGACCCCGCCAAUCCAGAGCUUAUCGCGGUUCUUGAAGAACUUCAGAUGGCAAUCAAGGAUGCUGAAGACGGACUACUUCACCUAAAACGUUCUAGGUUGCUAAAGGAAGCUGAUACAAUCUUUGGCCAAGAAUUCAAAUCCUUAGAGGAGGAUGUAAAGGUGGAACCACUGGAUUCGAAACAUAGUUUGCUGGAAACUUAUGAAUCAGAAACUUAUUCUACUGGAUCAAGGUGUAGAUUCCGACAUAGUGAUGGACGUUGGUAUAAUGGCCGUAUAGUGGGACUUGAUGGUGUUAAUGCUGCCAGGAUUUCAUUUCUCACUCCUACUUCUGAAAACAUGUUGAUGUGCAAGUUCUUUCUACAGCAACGAUGUCGUUUUGGUAGUAACUGCCGCAUGUCUCAUGGAUCUAGCAUUCCAUUUUCAUCGCUGAAGCCUUAUAUCCCCACUGCAUGGUGCGAGUCAUUGGUUGGUUCUAACAUAUGGGCUAUCUCUGAAGGCCAUUCUGGCAUUUGGAGGAGAUCUGAGCUCGAGUCCUGGGACGAAAAGCUAUGCUUGGGUCAGGUUAUUUUUCAGGAUGAUGGAAGCUCAGCCAAGCUCGGUAGCGAAGCGAUCGCCAUUUCUGAGUAUGCCGAUGCAAGCUUUGAUGAUGAUAGUGAUGAACAAGACAGUCUCAGCACUGAGAGCUCCAGCUUGAAUGAUGAAGAGGACAUUGAGAAUCAAGGGCUAGGUUUUUUGGAAGCAUCUGCAUCUCUAAGAGGCAUUCAAACUGAAACUGCAGUAUUUGCGAAAUGGGAGCUUCAUACGAGGGGCAUUGCAUCAAAAAUGAUGGCCAAUAUGGGAUACCGUAAAGGGAUGGGAUUAGGUGCCUCAGGCCAAGGAACUUUAGAUCCAAUAUCUGUUAGAGUUCUUCCUUCGAGACGAUCACUUGAUCACGCACUCGUGUCAAAUGACAAUGAAGAAAAUAGCGUUGGCAGAGGUAAAAAACGGAGUAGAGGAGGUAGAAGAAAGCAGGAAAAGAAGAUUGCAGAAGCAGAACGAGCUGCUAAAGCUGAUGAUGAAGAGGAAACGGAUGUUUUUAGCUUUAUUAAUAAUCAGCUCACUGGACCAAAUGCUUCUUCCAGCAUCAAAGGGAGUAUAAUGAAGAGAAGGACUGGAGAUUCAGAAGGUAAGGCGAAGGCUGAGGACAGACGAUCAUUAGUUGCAUAUGAGGAAGAAAUGAAGGACUUGAGAAUUCGAGUGGAGAAGCUCGAAGAAAUGGUAAGCCGUAAUCGAAGGGACAAGGCGGUUUUUGAGGCUGCUUCAAGGAAGUUGAUCGAGACUCGCAAGGCCCUCGCGGAUGCUGAGGCUGUUCAUGUGUCGGCCUCCAAUGCUGUCAUGAGCAAGGAGAAAGAGAAGAGAUGGCUCAAAUUCUAAUGUUUUGAACCAAAAAAAAAAAAAAGCAAUUGAUAUGUACAUUUUAAAAGUAUGUAAGCUCAUAAAAUUAUAUUUUUAUUUGGUUUUCAAA